AUGCGCGCUACGAUAUUGGCUGUAGGUGGCCUCGCUAGCCAAGUCCUCGGACACGGCGAUCACAGCGGAUCGCAAAAGCCAAUGAUCGACGAGAAUGCCAAUUGGAUAACCAAACACAUGGCCGAGGAGCACCAUAUCAGCGACUUCGACGCCUCAUCCUUCUUCGUCCUACACGACUACGAUGCCGACGGCCAGUGGGAAGCUGAUGAAAUCUUGCGCACUUACGGAUUGAUGGAUGAAUCGAAUAAGGCCGUGCCACAAUCACGCCGUGAUGAAAUUCAGCGCGAGCUACUACAUCUACUGGACGCCAAUGGAGAUGGGCUCGUGACGCGCGACGAGUUUGUCGCUUUCAUCAACUCCGGGAAGACUCUUCCAGACGUGGGAACAGGACCCGGACACCACGGCGACGAUGAGUACGAGUACGAGAUACACCACUGGGAGAAGUAUCACGACGAGAACACUAAACUCGAGGACCUAACGCACCCCGAGGACAUUGAGCACUUCAAGAAACACGAGAUGCUAGAGGACGAAGAGGAAAGGCUCGAGAAGCUAAACAAGAUGGCUAUCGUAGAAGAUAAUAUUCCGAGCAAGUUUAGAAGAAGCAACUAA